AUGGCUAUACCACCACCACCGGGUCCACCGCCGCCACCUGGGCCACCACCACCUCCGGCAAUGGGAGGUCUCAAAUUGGGUGGUGCCGGCGGCGGAGAUAUGCGUUCAGCGCUGCUGCAGUCCAUACAAAAGGGUACUAAACUGAAAAAGACUACAACAGUUGAUAAAAGCGGGCCAGCCAUGGCAGGAAAGAUUUGCGAUUCAACGUCAUCCGCAACGAGUUCACCGAAACGAAUACAUAACAAUAACAACAACAAUAUCAAUACAAGCAAUAACAAUAAUGUAGGCAAUGGCGCACCAAAACUGGGUGGCCUAUUCGAAGGGCUGACCUCAAUGCCCAAACUGAAGCCAGUCAAUGGCAGUAGUCGUGCACAAGCACCGGCCAUCCCAACAGCGUCCAAUGACUCGUCCACAGCGAGUAGACGCAACGACACAUCACCACCUGCGAAUGCCAACAACGGUGGUGUUGGUAGCAGCUGUAGUAAUGGUCCAUUAGAUUUCAAUGCCGAACUAACAAAACAUUUAACACUGAAACGUCAAAAGCAACAACAACAACAACAGCCGGUAAAUGCGACCGAAGCGAAUUUACGCACAAAUCGUGGACCACCACCGCAGCCGCCAUCGACGCCACCGAAAAAUCUUUCAACGAGCGCCUCCGAUUCGAUAUUGGAGAAAACGAGAAAUACCAAUGCUGGCAUACGCGCCAGUCCGUUGGCGGCAAAUCACAACAAUGGCAAGGCAUCAUCACCUACGCUCUCGGACAGCAGUAAUGGUAGCAACAAAAUCACUGGAGGUGUUGGCAGCGGCAGCACGAGUAAUAAUACAAGCAGCAACAGUAUCAAAAGUAAAGCGGCGAGUUUGAGUUUAACUUUAGGCAAAUCAAAUUCAAAUGUUGUAAAUAAUAAAAGUAGUCUGUUUAAUGCAAACUCUUCUUCUUCAAUAAAAAACACUACUACUACUACUACUACAUCAACAACAACAACAACAACCUCGUAUAAUCAUAAUUCGGCAAACAACAACAACAUAACAAAAACCCACAACAACAACAACAACACAAUCAUAACAACAACAACAACAACAACCUCUAAAAACAAUUUCAACUUCAAAAGCAGCCUGAAUAGUACACUAUCGAAAACAACAGCAAUACAAUUCCAACAGCAGCAGCAGCAACAACAAAAGCCCAUAUCACCAGCACUCAGCCGCGGCAGCAUCCUACCGAACAAAUCAUCAUUAUUUGGCACGAAUGGCAUUGGUGGUUCUGCUGCAAAUCUCAGCGUGUCGGGCAGCACCAAUUCGCUAUCCACACCACCACCACCACCACCACCAACAACAACAACAACAACAACAAUAUCUUCGCCAGCUAAUAAAUCGCCAACGCCAAGUGUUAAACCGGUGCCGAAUCAUGGCAAGCCGAAUUUCGCACCCAAACCGCCAGGACUACAACAAUUGGCGUUGGCGAGCAGUCAACGUACGACAGUGUCGCGCCAUCAUAGCAUGAAAUCGCCAAGAUCACCGCCAAUAGCAGCGCCAGGUGCGCCCGUUUUCCCGACUCAACAACACUUCGGCACAAUGCGCACACCACUCGCUCAACUGUGUCAGUCGCAAGAAGCGAUUAAUAGCAGCGCCAUGCGUCCAGCGCCAAAUCCGCCAAUUGGUCGCCCCACAGUUGCACCACCCAAACCACCAACAGUUAAACCACCGCCACCACCAACACCAGCGCGCAGUGUUUCCAAUUCAAAUUUGAAUAGUCUUUUGGGUCAAAAUGCAUCGAUAACGAGCAAUACGUCAACAGCAGCUUCCUAUAGCGCUGUGAAUACCGCACUUAUCUCUUCCAUAAAUAACAGUAGCAAUUACUCAUCGCCACCCACUACGCAACCACCUUCCAAUUCGUCUUCCUCCAGCAGUGUAUCAGCGUUGCGUGAUCAAUUUCGGGGCGCAACAAAUGCAACACCACCACCACCACCGCCGCCAACAGUGCCGCCACCAUCCACUGCGGCGGCUAAUAUGAAGACGAAAAGCGCCGGUGGUGGUCAAGGUAGUCCCGGUAGUAGGCACUCGUCGUCGUCGUCGAGUCGUGAGAAGCCAAUUAAACCAAUCAUAUUGAAUGGUGGUUCAUUGAGUGCGCCACCAUUGCCACCGCAUCGGACUGUGCAAGCGCCACCGCCACCACUGCGUCAAACGAGUAAUUCUGGCAAUAACGUUGCACCCGUGCCGCCACAACGACACUCUUCCAUACGCGCCAACGCACCUGUAACUCCACCAACAGCCAGCAGCAACAACAAUAUGCUUAUGUUUGGCAACAAUAGUAAUUUAACGCACGCCAAUUCAGUCAGCCGUUUGGUCAACGAUUUGGAAUCGAGAUUUGUCUUCCAUAAUGUCACCGAAUUCCCAAAACCGCCACCGUUUGUACCAAUACCAAAAGUGUAUACGGCCAAAGCGAAUGGUAUGUAAAUGCCUCUACGUACAUACAUAUGUAUGGUUAGUUUGGCGAAGAAGCACUUGUGCGUUGAAUGCAAGCGAAUGUACAAGUCUAGUGCAAGCAAAGUAAACAAGAGAAAACAAAAACAAAAGAAAUUAGUUGAAUAUAAAGGAUAUGAGCCAGCUGGCUGGAUGUUUAUGGCAGCCACAAAAAUAGGCUUUUCUACAUACAUACAUACUUACUUACUUUACAUACAGUAAACAAAGCAUGCAUGCACAACAACAAAAAAAAAUAUAUAUAUAUAUAUUUAAAUAAACACACAACUCUCAGUCAGUCAACGCGGGGGUCAAAAUAAUGGCCGUGAAUUAAGAUAAUAAUACAUAUAUAUAUACAUAUAUAAUAUAUACGAGUAUGUACGUACGUCUUAGUACUAUAGUUUUAGUGCGUAGUAUGUACUGUACUUCAGCAUUACACUUUUUUUCAUAUUUUGCAAAAAAAAAAUAAUAUUUUUUUAAAUUUUACUUUAAAUAAAGCAAUUUAAAUUACUUACAUACAUACAUACCUAUACAUUGUAUAUGUUGGAAUGCGUAUUAUGCGAAUGCUGUGUGUAAUGGAAUGCGAUUGAAAAUAAUUUUCUUUAAUUAGAAAUUAAUAUGAAUUAAUGUUUAAUUAAUGUAUAAUUAAAGUUCAAGAUAUGUAUGAAAUAUUAUUUAAAAAGAAAAAACGAAACAAAAAGAGAAAACAUUUUAUAUGCGUUCUUUUCUAAUGUAAAUUAUGUAGUUUUUUUUUAUAAUUAAAAAUAUGAAAAUAUGAAAAUAUAUAUGAAUUAAUGCGUAGAAUAUUUUAAUUGUGAGUCUUAUUAUUAAUCACUAUAUAAACUAAAUAUUUUUACUCAGUGAUUUUUGCACGCAACUUUUGUAGCUUUUUUUUAAUUUUUUUUUUUGAAUUUACAGCAGUAAUAUUUAGUGGCAAAAGCUUUUUUAGAGAUGUUGUUUUAAAUAAACAAAUUAUUAGCGAGCAAAUAAAAAACCAUAAAAAAAAUAAAACAAAUAAAGAUUUUUUGGAACAUAAAAAAAUAAUAUUUUUGAGUUUUUUCUCUGUUUAAAAAAAAAAAACAAUUUUUCAAUAAUCGUCAUUCAUUAAUAAUUGCUUUUAAACAAAAUCAACAUGCAACAAAGCAGCUAUUAUUAUAAUUAUUUGAAUUUAGCAUAAAUUUUUUUAACGCUGCACAUAUUAUUAAAUUUGAACACGGUAGUCUUUUAUACAUCAAUUUCUAUAUUUUUAAAUAGUCACUGAAUUGGAAAAAAAAAUUUAAAUGAGAUGUAUUAAAUAUUUUCUAUAGUUUUUUAAAUAAAUUAUAAUUUAAAAGGGUAGUUGAGUGGCAUAAACAGUUGGUGAUGCGAGUGUGAUGAAAAUAUUUAUAUAAAAAAAAAA